UCUACAAUGUACCUUAAUUAAAACUGAGGCCAAUUAAAAAACAUAUGUCCGUAUAUAGUCAACUUAGGUUACAAGACAAAACAAAACAGUCUCUUCAUUUCGAAUUCCAUAUGUGAAACAAUGCCACCUUCCGAACGGACAUUGCGUAAAAAUAUAUCAGCACCAGACGUUACAAGAACUACUUGCACAGGAAUAAAUCCAUAGCUCUGCUAUUCGGAAAUAAUUUGUGGGCUACUUUGUUCUCUGCGAGUGUCUUAAUUCGCCCCAUGUGAGUGCACUGGCUGCGAGUCACCUGCCUGUCAUGGACUCGAUUGUAUGUGUCAGUCAGUGUGGUUCAGGAUAUUAUUGGCGCAGGUCGCGAAUGACAGGAAACUCCUGUUUAGAAAUAUUGCCAGCAUAAUGUUGACAUUUCCUGUAACGUUAUAUCUAGAUAUUGCAUUUGGCGUUUUAGCGAACUGUUCGACCAUCCGAAGCAGUUAUUAGCCUAUAUUUGUGCAGUUUACAAACAAGCGUUCUCCUGUUCACUGUAUGGACCACCGUGAUAUGAAUUCUUGCACCACUCGGACGCUGGACAGCCACAACAGUAGGAGCUCCUGUGAUUACACGGAGAAGGGCAGUGCCUGGUGAUUUUCUUCGAUCUCCCGCACCCAGAAGAGGCGAAUUUAAAAAAGUGUCUUGUAUGCUUUUGAUACCAAUCCAUACCGAACCGGGUGUAUACAACAAAGCUAGCGAGCUAGCUAGCAGAGUAGUUGACGAGCUAAUUGACGCCACCCAGCUUUGGUAUACUUCCUUCUCGUGCCGUAUUGAACAUAUCUUUGCUAGCUAGUCAGCUGGCUAACAAACAGCUAGCUGGCUAGCUAACCAACGGCACCACAAUGCACGACGCCUAUGAGUCCGUGCCGAUUUUGGAGAAGCUACCGCUUCAGAUUGACUGCCUGGCGGCCUGGGAGGACUGGCUUCUUGUCGGGACCAAGCCAGGCCACCUACUGCUUUACCGCAUCAAGAAGGAUGCAGCGAGCAACAGGUUUGAAGUGACUCUGGAGAAAUCCCUCAAGAACUUCUCCAAGAAAAUUCAGCAGCUGUUUGUCGUGUCUCAGUACAAGAUCCUGGUCAGCCUGCUCGAGAACAACAUCCAUGUGCAUGACCUCUUGACCUUCCAGCAAAUCACUGCUGUGUCAAAGGCCAAGGGAGCCUCUCUCUUUGCAUGUGACUUGCAGCAUGCCGGCACAGGAGAGGCCAAACUGAGGAUGUGCGUGGCUGUAAAGAAGAAGCUCCAGUUAUACUACUGGAAGGACAGGGAGUUCCAUGAGCUGCAGGGGGAUUUUGCUGCGCCAGACAUUCCGAAGUCCAUGGCGUGGUGCGAGAACUCCAUCUGUGUGGGAUUCAAACGAGACUACUACCUGAUCCGGGUGGACGGGCGUGGCUCCAUCAAAGAGCUCUUCCCUACGGGGAAGCAGCUGGAGCCGCUGGUCGCCCCGUUGGCCGACGGGAAAGUGGCAGUUGGUCAGGACGACCUCACCGUGGUCCUGAACGAGGAAGGUGUCUGCACCCAGAAGUGCGCCCUCAACUGGACCGACAUACCUAUCGCAAUGGAGCACCAGCCCCCCUACAUCAUCGCCGUGCUUCCCCGCUACGUGGAGAUCCGCACCUUCGAGCCCCGCCUGCUGGUGCAGAGUGUGGAGCUGCAGAGGCCCCGCUUCGUCACCUCCGCUGGGCCCAACAUCGUGUACGUUGCCAGCAACCAUUUUGUGUGGCGCCUUGUGCCCGUCUCCAUAGCAACCCAGAUCCGGCAGCUCCUGCAGGACAAACAGUUUGAGCUGGCCCUGCAGCUGGCGAAGAUGAAGGACGACUCAGACGGGGACAAGAGGCAGCAGAUCCACCACAUCCAGAAUCUGUACGCCUUCAACCUCUUCUGUCAGAAGCGCUUCGACGACUCCAUGCAGGUGUUCGCCAAGUUGGGCACAGAUCCCACCCAUGUGAUUGGGCUGUACCCAGACCUGCUGCCCUCAGACUACAGGAAACAGCUGCACUACCCCAACCCCCUCCCCUCCCUGUCCGGCCCCGAGCUGGAGAAGGCACACCUGGCGCUCAUCGACUACCUGACGCAGAAACGCAGUCACCUGGUGAAGCAGCUCAACGACUCUGAUCCGUCCACCACCUCUCCGCUCAUGGAGGGGACCCCCACCAUCAAGAGCCGCAAGAAACUGCUGCAGAUCAUCGACACCACGCUACUCAAGUGCUAUCUGCACACCAAUGUGGCCCUGGUAUCGCCCCUUCUGAGACUGGAGAAUAACCACUGUCACAUAGAGGAGAGCGAGUACGUGCUGAAAAAGGCCCACAAGUACAGUGAGCUCAUAAUCCUCUAUGAGAAGAAGGGCCUGCACCAGAAAGCUCUGCAGGUGCUGCUGGAUCAGUCCACCAAGGCCAACUCUCCACUGAAGGGCCACGAGCGCACCGUGCAGUACCUCCAGAGGCUGGGGAUGGAGAACCUGGGGAUCAUCUUUGAGUUCUCCCCCUGGGUGCUGAAGAUCUGCCCUGAAGACGGGCUCAAGAUCUUCACAGAGGACCUCCCGGAGGUGGAGACCCUUCCCAGGCACAAGGUGCUGAACUUCCUGAAGGAGGGCUUCAAGGAGAUGGCCGUCCCUUACCUGGAGCACAUCCUCCACGUGUGGGAGGACAAGGAGCCGGAGUUCCACAACGUGCUGAUCCAGCUCUACCUGGAGAAGGUGCAGGGCCUGAUGAAGCAGUACCUCAACUCUCUACCUGAGGGCGUACCCCCAGUGGCUGCUGGGAAGGAGGAGGGAGAGCUGGGGGAGUACAGAAACAAGCUGUUGAGUUUCCUGGACAUCUCCUCCAGCUAUGAGCCAGCCAGGCUCAUCAGCGACUUCCCCUUUGACGGUCUGCUGGAGGAGAGAGCCCUGCUGCUGGGCCGUAUGGGGAAGCAUGAGCAGGCACUCUUCAUCUACGUGCACAUCCUGAAGGACACCCGCAUGGCAGAGGAGUACUGUCACCAGCAUUAUGACAGGGAGACGGAUGGCAACAGAGAUGUGUAUCUGUCUCUGCUGCGCAUGUACCUGUCUCCCCCGGACGUGCACUGUCUGGGGCCCAUUAAGAUGGAGCUGUCUGAGCCUCAGGCCAACCUACAGGCAGCGCUGCAUGUCCUGGAGCUCCACCACAGCAAGCUCAACACCACCAAGGCGAUAAACCUGCUCCCGGCGAACACGCAGAUCCAGGAGAUCAGGGUGUUUCUGGAGAGCGUGCUGGAGGAAAAGGCCCAGAAGAAACGCUUCAACCAGGUGCUCAAGAGCCUGCUGCAGGCCGAGUUCCUACGGGUCCAGGAGGAGAGGAUCUUCCACCAGCAGGUGAAGUGCAUCAUCACGGAGGAGAAGACCUGCCGAGUGUGCAAGAAGAAGAUUGGGAACAGUGCUUUUGCCAGGUACCCCAAUGGCGUGGUAGUGCAUUAUUUCUGCUGUAAGGAUCGCAAUACGUGCCCUACCGAACUGUGACACCGCCCCACCCCCACCCCACCCCGCCCCCCUCCUCCCGAGCACAUGGAGGAUUCUGGGAUACACGCACCGCAAUUCGCCGCCUCGCCGUCACCGUAAUCACCCCCCCCCCCCCCCCCCCCGAGCCAGGGGCUCACACUGGGCAUGCUCUGUGGAGUACGACUCCGCCCACAGUGCGGAACUCCGGAACUCUGGAACUGUGACACUGUGGAGCUCCGCCCCUUCUCUACGCUCCUGUCGCACCAUUGGCGGUCCUGCUUGGCUCUGGGGGAGGGGCUACGGGAGGUGUCUCCCCCCCUCGGAGAGUGACACCGACGGAAUCUCCGCGCUACGCGCCCCUUGUUCAGAAGGAGCUGGAACCGGUGUGUGUGUGUGUGUUCAAAGAGGAUCCUUAUCCUUAUCCUUAUCCUGAGCCCGCUCUCACCAUUCUUCUGCUUAUCGCCGGUGUAAGAUGUAUGUUAAUCGGAGUCGUUUGCUACUUUUCCAGUUGGUGUCUUACUUUCCUCGAGGGGCAAGAUGUGAUGGGCACGACAGACACACAAGGAACAAGCGGAAAAGCUUCCGCUGUGCCAGUCACUGUGUCUAUGCAGGGUAUACACUGUACGGUGCGGUACAUUCCGCUUUAAAAGGGGCCUACAUUUUUUGAGUGUGUGCUGGAAUGUAGAAUAGAGUGAUUGUUCUUUCCCAUAACCCCCCCCCCCCACCCCCCUGCCCCUGUAUGAGGUCAUUCUUGAGGUGCACAAGACCGCAGAGCACAUCUUUAGCCUGUCUCAGGUCUAACGACAUCACUCCAGUGCUUGCUUGGAGCACUAUAUUGUACAGAGAAUAACUGGAAAUUGUUACUUUUAAGAUUUAACAUUUUUUUUUUUGCGAACUAUUACGUUUGUACGUGAACUUUUUCCCCCCCAUUCUUUUUUUAAGCUUAAAAGCUGAGGACUAACUAUGUAAUGUAUUAAUACACAAAUAAUGUAAAGAGAGAGAGGCCUGGCAGCAUGGCACUUUAAGCUUAGGACAUCGAUUUGACAUUUUUUGGCAGUUUAUUUAUUGUAUCGCCUCUGCUGAUUUAACGGAAGGAAGACUGACCACAUUUCAGAUGAAGUCCCCAUUUGGUUAUGACCAUACCUCCCCAUACAUUCUCCCAGUCUUCCCCCUCCACAAUGUAAAAAAAAGAAGAAGAAGAAAAAAAUGCAUUUUGUAAAAUAUGUAUAAUGGUUUUCGGGGGAAGAUUGAGAGUUUGAGAUACUUGGUUAAUGGUGAAGAUGAAGUAUUUUAAAGACGAUGCAAUGGAAAUGUUCAUAUUGAAAUGGCUUCAUUGGUAAUAAAUGGUCUAUACAA